AUGAGCUGGUUUCAGAAGAGGAGAAUUCAAAAAGCCACUCCAGGGGCCACUGGAAUCCAGAUUCUGGAACGUGGACCAUCCCUAUCUUACCUCACACCAUCAUCUGUACCAUCACUCGAGGCGUAUAUCAUGUCCUGCGGCGAUAGGAUAAGUAGGAGAUCAGGCAGUUGGACAAUAACUAUCUUCACAGGGUCUGCGUUUGAGACCCGUUGUGACUUCAGUACUCGUCGAGCUGACACUGGCAGCCCAAGAGUGUUGAGAAGAAUGAGGUGUGUGACUAACCAGGUGAACGUGGGUGUAGCGGGUGACCUUGCUGGAAGGUGCGCCCCUAGUGGCCACGAUCCUAACAAGAGCCGAAGAGUGGGGGUAGCCGGGGGACAAGGCCAUGCAGGCCGGAUGGAGCUCAGUCAGAGUCGAGAGCCCGUCAUGUGA